CGGAAUUAAACAGACGAAUUACUAACUCAGAGAUUAGAGCUUGCCAGGAAGCAGAGAUUUGUACUGUUCUAUAUACUAAAAAUGAUUUGGAAAAAAAAAAUGGUGAUACUAAGCUAUUCAUGGCAUUAAAGACAACUAUGUAAAAUUGCAAAACUCCAGAAUGUGAUAAAAUAGCAGAUGAAAUCUAAAAUGAAAUGCAAAGUGAUGCACACAUUGGGAAGGGGGCAAGCUGAAACUUGCAUUAUGGGCUCUCACUGAAUACUGCUGUGUAGAAAGGAGGUCGCUGGGCAAAAGUGAACAGUUGUAUGAAUACGUUAGCUUGAUGCUCAGAGGUCAAAGAGGAAGCUGAAAAGUUAGGAAGUGUGUGGGAAACAGCAGAAAACAAAGCAGGGACUGUCAUGCUGGUGAGUACAUGCCAGGCCCACCUGCAUGUUGAGCAAUGUGGGAGGUUCUGGUCAGACAUAUUUAAGUGUACCUAUUUUUGUUAAUAAAUGUAAUAUCCAUUCAGUGCCAGGAGGAUGUGCAUGUUUGAGAACUUGCAGCAUAUACAGCAAUUUUAAGUAUAUUUCUCCAUUAAAAAAAAUGCAUCCUUAGAACAGUUGUAACCCAACAGGCAAAAACGUAGGGCUAGAGGUGCUUGACAUCAGCACUAUUGACCAUGUCAUGCAUAAAAUCAGGACAGACACAGUGUUUAUGUGUAAAUAUUCAAAGUGUUAAUGAAAGAAGGAAGCCUCUCCAGGUACAGUGGGAUGGAGCAGAUUUGGAAGGGUGCCAGGGGUGAUUUACAAUGAGAAAUUAUUAGAUUAAUCAGGACAACCUCGGCUAAUUUUGAAGGAGAAUGAUGGCAUUCCCUCAGGGGUGUUUCCAGUAUGUCCUGGGUGCAGUCCCCUCAGAAAGGUGUCCCCACCCCAAUGCAGAUUUCCCAUGGGCCACUGUACCCCCAGACGGACACCCACCAGGGUGAAGUGCUUCUUCUCCCCACUCACAUCUCCUGCAGCCCCUCCAGCCAUACCCAAGCUGGUGCUGCAACCACCUCUGGGGCCUGCAGAGGUGCUGGCAGCCAUUAUGGAACCAGCUGGAGUGACAGCCUUCCAUGACUGCUUCAGCAAAGUGUACAGCUGCCUCCCAUGCAAGGCAUGGCUGCUGCUUCAGCUCCUUAACCCUGCUUUUACACGCAACAUCCUACAAAAAAGAAGCAUUACAUCUGGCAUUCAGAUGGUCAAGGAAUAAAACCUCUCCUUUGAAACUUACAAAACACUUCUGAUUUAGUCAGUCACCAUGAGCAAGAAUGCCUGUAGUGCACGUGGGAAGAGCAAAAAUGUUUCAGAAGAAGCUCUGCAUCACAGCACUGAGGAUGAAGAGUCUUCCCAGGGAAUGGAGCCCUAUCUUGUGCGCAGAUUAUCAUCCCGUAACAUCCAGCUUCCUCCACUGGCUUUUAGACAGUUAGAACAGGCAGACUGGGAUAAAAAGAAUGAUACUGAUGUUAUCGCAAGGCCCACGACCCUUCCACUGAGGAUUCUUCCUCUCAUUGCUAUUACGUCUCCUGAGUCCAGCAGAAUGAUGAUCUGCUGAAUUACUUUUCCAUUGCCAGCAUUAGGAAUAUGCUUCUGCUUCAUGAGUCAGAUGUGAUAAAAAAAAUCAUAUGAAGAGCUAGUGACUGUCCGCUGUAUCAGAAAUUCAAUCUUAGUGGACUUAAAAUAAGUCAGUGAAAAUUCAUGGUUAUAUUUAAAAUACAGUACAGUUUUUUAAUUGCUAUUCUGCUGAAUUAUAACAUGAUUACUAUCAGCACUGUAGUCAGUGGUGAAUACUACUGAGCAAAAUUUAUCAUUACCUAACGUGUGUUUUAGCAUUUGUUCAUUUUGUGUAUAGACAAUGUAAAUGAUUUUCUCUCACUCUACUGUUGUUUACAAGGUAUGUAAACUAUUACAGAAGGAUGUUCUCUCACAUGAAGUAGGUGGACAUUAUUAGUUUCCUAAUUAAACUGCUGUGUGUUUUCUAAUCCAGUUAUAUUUGUUAUCUUAAUACA